CAGCCAGAGGAACCACAUCGGGCCCGGGGCUCGGUGGUGAUGCUGGCGAUGCAAUACAACAGCCCCUCAGGUGAUAUCUCCCCCUCCCCCGUCUCUAACCACACCACCAUGGGGCCUGAGGUGGAGGCCGUCGCUCGUAACGACACGCGUCCACCCAACAACCCCACGGCUGCAGGCCUCAGCAUGACUCUGGGCAUCCUGUUCAACGUGGUGGCCCUGGUCAUUCUGGCCAAGGCUUACAACCGCUUCCGCCGCAGGUCAAAGGCCACGUUCCUGCUCUUCGCCAGCUCCCUGGUGGCGACAGACCUGGCUGGACAUGUGAUCCCCGGAGCCCUGGUGUUAAGGAUAUACUCGGCAGUUGCUGUCUCCACACCGAACACCACCAAAUUCAAGGGGGACCCCGAUGCCCCGUGUCUGUUUUUGGGGGGGUGCAUGGUGUUCUUCGGCCUGUGCCCACUUUUCCUGGGUUGUGCCAUGGCUGCCGAGCGCUGUCUGGGCGUCACCAGGCCUCUACUACACGCACGCCUGGUGACCACAGCACGGACUAAAAUGGCACUGACCCUCAUCUGGCUGCUGGCGCUAUGCGUGGCCAUGCUGCCCGUCUUCAGCCUGGGGGCCUACACCUACCAGUACCCAGGGACGUGGUGCUUCAUCCGGGUGAUGGAGGACACCGAGGCCACGGACCUGGCCUUUGUGAUGCUGUUCUCUGGACUGGCGCUGAGUUCUCUGGCCAUGGCCUUUGUGUGUAACACCAUCAGUGGGAUCACGCUGGUGCGAGCCCGGCUAAAGAAGAGGUGCAGCUCCCAGCGCCGCUCGGCCAGGUCCCAUGACACGGAGAUGGUGGUGCAGCUGGUUGGCAUCAUGGUCACCUCCUGCAUCUGCUGGAGCCCUCUGCUGAUCUUUGGAGUGAUGUCGGCCAUGCGGUCCUACAGCGGCUCGCUGAGCAGCGACCGGGACACUUACCGGGCUCUGAUGGUGACGGGCGUCAGGAUGGCGACCUGCAACCAGAUCCUGGACCCGUGGGUCUACAUCCUGCUGCGGCGGGCCAUCCUCAGGAAGAUCUACCGCAUCACCAAGAAGCAGGCCAGUUUCAAGGGAAGCACGUUCCGCACCACCCGCUGGGACGUCAGCUCCUUUCAGAACUCGGAGAAAUCCAGUGUUAAUAAGACUUAGACGAUCAGGUGGUCAGAACUGAACCCGGCAGCUUUUCAUCCUGAACUGACUUCAGUCUCAGAAGGUCCGAAGGAUGAAAAGAGAUUUCUUUCCGUGGGAACGAGGCCACGUUUCCUUCGACUUAUGAAGCAUAGACUGUAAAUAAAGAAGGACGACAUGACAGCUGCUUAAAGUGAUGCCAAAGGGUCUUCAUCAUCCCCUGGUGGCUGCCUGCAGCAUUGGUCAUGAACCCCACCUCCCCAAUAACUUUUUCUCAAAGAGGAUUUCUGUAAUAUUUCUGCUACAUUUGGUUUUAAUUAAUUAUUUAAUCAUAUAAAAACGGGUGAAUCAUUAUGACGGUUAGCUGAGACUGACUCACGAUUGGUGGAGUGACCCCCCCCACUGCCAUCACCUCUUUGAAACGGUUCAUCACUGAAGAGCAAUGGAUAGUGGGGGAGGAUGGGACCCAUCGGAGCUCUUCUUCUUUCGGGGAUGGAAGGACACAUAUGUCGGCCACAUUUGAAGGAGCGAUGAAAUGGGACCGCCAAGCCACGCCCCUUUAAAUGCAGCCCACGAAGGAUGUCACCUAUUAUACAAGACACAGCUUCUGGCUGCAAAUACACAAGAUGGAAGUUGUUAGUAACCAGGAUAUUAUGGCUUCGUAUCAGGAUAGUGGGAGGAAGAGGAGGAGCGUCGGCCAUCUUUAUUUACAGUCUAUGUGUGAAGAGGUGAAAAGGUGGAAACGAGCCAGUGUUAAACUACCGAGGGGGGAAUCGCCCCAGCUCCUUAUAAACUGCUGACGAUGCACGAUGGCAGUCUGUCCUCUAUGAGAGCAGAUGUAAAUAUAAAGUUGGGCGGGAGGACGAUGACUUCAACCCCAGUGACGACUGUUUGAGUCUCACAGCGAACAUCUCAAGUCUAGAGUGUCUUUAAAUGUUUGAUUUGUUCAGUGACACAAUGUAAAAGUCAAUGACUUGUGUAGAUGCUCACGUGAGAGAGCAAUGAAAAAGGCUGUGCUCUUACCUCAGCUUGAAGAUGUGAAAAACACCAUUGUGUGUGUCCAGUGUGAUGCUGUGAUAUGAAUGUGUGUGUGUGUGUGUGUGUGUGUGUGAACAGUAUUUCCCUCACAUGAGUGGGGACUGAAGUGAAACUCUGUGUUACCAAAGCUAAUUAAUAAAGGUGAAUGUCAGAUUACAAAAUAAAUGGUUCUGCUACAGUUUGUCAGUGGCUUUUGCUCAUGUCUUGAAACUGUAUUAAAAU